GAUAGAUAACUAUAACAUAAUAAUAAAUAACUGAUAUAUGGUUGAAAAAGUAUUUGCUAAAAUGUAACUAUAUUUUUGCAUGUUUUCUUACUUAAAGAAUAAUUUGUAUAUAAAUAAAUGAAUAUUUUCAAUAAUGAUAAAAUAAAGAAAAAUUUUGUUGAGUUUUAAGUACCUAUUUAGAUUCGUAAAUGUAUUUCCAACAAGUAUUGUAAAUUAUAACCAAUUGUUGAUAAUAGAUCAAAAACAAAAAAAAAACAUGAAAUAUAUAAAAAAUAAAAUAUGUAUUUUCAGUUUCGUAAAUGUAUCCCUAGCAAAUUGUACAUUAUAAUCAAUCAAUUGUUCGUAAUGAGUAAAAAAAGAAUCGUUUUAUAAAAUUAUAAAAUAUAUUAAAGGAAUAGAGAAAAUAUAUGAUGCAUGCACACAUGCAGGUUCCAUAUGGCAGUAUGUAUGGCACUUUGUCACGUGAUUCCCUUGGUUCGCUACUUCUAAAGUUCUGAGUUAGCAUAAUUAUCAAUAAUCGUUUACUUCAUUUAAGAAAGCAUUUUGUUUGAAUCCUGUAAUUUUCUCGAUAAGAAAGUUGAUUUACUCUCUUACAGAGGUUAUAGAUAACAUUACUCCUGCAUAACCUAUUUUGGUGUUGGCAUAGUGUUUUGAAAGCGCACCUACUUUAUCGGUGAAGUAACUCCAAAAUAAAGUUAACGAAGUAGUUAAUUAUACAAUCAAUUAAAAUUAAUCGUGUUCAAUCUUUAGCGUAAUUGGUAAUUAAUUGAAUCACUAAAUUAUUAUUUUGACAUGUCAAUCAUGUCCUAACUGCUUCAGUCAACAAGAAACAUCAAUUAUGUUAUACAUUAACAUGCUGUAAACAAAAAAGAUUUGCGAAGUAAUAAUGACUGAAUCAAUACAGUUAGCUGCUGGGCCUCCACCUAUUUGGCCUGAUAUCAAGUCAGAACUGCGAGAAUAUAUAGAAUGCCCUGAACGAUUACCUAUACAUCAACUAGACAAUACCCAAUGUUAUUGGGCGCGUAAAGCUGAUGUUGUUUCGUUGUUGGAAUUCGAUUUGACUCCAGUCAGUACCACACUAAAAUUCGACCGUGAUCCAAUAACAGGCAAGAUUGGCGAGAUACAAGAAAUCAAUUUACAAGGUGCAGGGGAAACUGCAAGGAAUUCUAUGUCUAUGAUCCGCGCACCUGGGUCACUUGCAGAUGGAGUUCGAGGCAAUCCGAGUAAUAUUCCAUUUUGGCCUGGCGGUUUUGAAGAACCUAAAGUGCCUAAAAAUGAAAUUGUUGGCGACAUUGAUUUUGAGAAAGAUUUAAGGACAUUAGCCAAAGGAUUCAGCUCAGGAUUAGAAUUUAAAAGUGACAAUUGCACGCCGAUCAACUGCACAAGGAACGAGACAGAAGAUUCAGUACCUGAAGAAAUUGAAAACUUGAUAAUCAGUAACAAUAAUGUAAAUUUAAUGGCUGUCAUACACGAGGAGGGAAAUUUGCUUGGCUCAUGGUCUUCAGUUGAGGAACCAAAAAAGGAGACCGUUCUUCAAGUUGCGGACAAUAACAUUCCCUUUGUAGACAAUUCUGUUUCAUCCAAGGAUACAAAUAUACCAAUCUUAAAAAUAUCUGAAAAAAAAGCGGAACUUACAAAGACAGAAUGGGCGGAACAGCUGGACGUAUCCGAGCCAGUGACUGACUUUGAUAAAAAAGUACCUGACCCAGCGAUCACAUUCAAUUAUGAACUGGACACUUUUCAGAAGCAAGCUAUUCUCAAAUUAGAAGAGAACAGCAAUGUCUUUGUUGCUGCGCAUACAUCAGCAGGAAAGACCACUGUUGCCGAAUAUGCCAUUGCAUUAAGUCAAAAGCACAUGACGAGAGUGAUUUAUACAUCCCCCAUAAAAGCACUGUCAAAUCAGAAAUAUCGUGAUUUUAAAAGAAAGUUUGAAAGCGUUGGAUUGUUAACAGGCGAUUUUCAGAUAAAUCAGACUGCUUCUUGUCUAAUCAUGACAACAGAGAUCUUACAAUCAAUGUUGUAUUGCGCGUCUGAUGUCUUGCGAGAUCUGGAAUUUGUUAUAUUUGAUGAAGUGCAUUAUAUAAAUAAUGAAGAUAGGGGUCACGUAUGGGAGGAAAUAGUCAUUCUUUUACCGCAGAAUAUUAAUAUAGUAAUGUUAUCUGCGACCGUACCGAACCCAAUAAUAUUCGCGGAUUGGGUCGGUCGAAUCAAAAAACGAAAAAUGUAUGUGAUCAGCACUUUGAAAAGACCAAUACCUCUUUUGCAUUACUUGUACACCGGCACUGAUGGUAAAACCAAAGAUGACAAAUUCUUAGUUCUUGAUAGCAAUCGCCAGUUUUUAUUAGAUGGAUGGUAUAAAGCGACAAAUGCGUCCGAUAAAAAGAAAGACAAAAUCCCAAAAGACUCAAGAAGAAGAAUUCAGAUGACGCCGAAACAAGAAGAAGUAUUAUGGAGAGCGUUUAUAAGCCAUCUUCAGAACAAUGAUAUGUUACCCGUUGUUGUAUUUACUCUGUCGAGAAAACGUUGUGAUAUGAAUGCUGCAACGUUAAGAAAUCUCGAUUUAACAACUGCGAGAGAGAAGCAUCAAGUACACGUAUUUUUCCAAUCUAAUAUAAAACACCUGAAGGGCAGCGAUAGAGAAUUACCGCAAGUGCUUAUGAUGCAAGAACUCCUGAUAAAAGGCGUGGGUAUACAUCAUAGUGGGAUACUACCAAUUUUAAGAGAGAUCGUAGAAAUGUUAUUUCAAAAUGGAGUUGUAAAGUUACUAUUCGCAACGGAAACUUUUGCCAUGGGAGUUAACAUGCCGGCGCGCACGGUGGUUUUUGAUUCCAUUCGAAAAUACGACGGGAAUAACUUUCGUACCCUGUAUCCGACUGAAUACAUACAGAUGGCCGGUCGCGCCGGACGGCGAGGUCAUGACACCACAGGUACUGUCAUAGUAAUGUGCAGAAACGACGUCCCACACUUUAACGACUUAAAGCCUAUGAUGUGCGGUGAACCGCAGACAUUAGAAUCGAAAUUCAAAGUCACGUAUUCAAUGCUUCUGAAUUUAAGAAGGGUAAACGAAUCCGUUACCGUUGAAGCGAUGAUGCGCAAAUCUUUCAAGGAGUCGCCGUUGGCUUCGCAAGAGGCGACAUAUAACAAUGAGUUACGGAAAAUCGAACGCGAACUGUCGAGUCUGCCGCCUCUGACCGAAAUACAAAAGAAACUCUCCACGUUUUAUGAUGAAGCGAUCGACUAUCUGGAAGAUGUUAAAUUCCUGAAUCCCUAUUUGCUCGAGUCAAAGAAGGCAGUGAAAGGUUUGACCGAGGGCAGAGUCCUGUUAAUAUCGUACGAGAAUCAUUACAAAAAACUAGCACUCUUACUGCAAAUUAUACAUCAUAAGAACUCCACUCAGUACAAAGUCUUGAUACUCAAAGACACGAAUACAUCAACCUCCGAAGUUGCCGAAUUUAAAAGUCCUCAGAUAUUCGAGAAAUGGUGUGAGAUUAUCGGUUUAACGAGAAAAGAAAUAUUCGUUCCCAGUAUUAAUCCGUCGCACGAAAUUGUGACUCUGUUCCCAUGGCAUAUAUUGAAGAUAACUAAUUGCCAGAUAAAAGUUGACUGCUCUUUGGUAUUAAACGAUUGGGAAAAAAGGCAAAUUUCACGAUUCAAAAACGACCCACCAGGACAAACGUGUCAGACAGCAGUUCAAGAAUUGACCUCUCUAUCAUUUAACGCUUCUAGUAACCCUCAAGUUCUACGACCGUACAUCGAGCCCUCGUCAAAGACUGAUUUUCAACUGAGAAUACAACAUAGAGAUAAAUUAAAAGCUAGUCUGGACAACAUGAAGUGCACGGAAAUACCAAACUUUGAAGAACAAUUUAGACCUGUAUUUGAACGAAAUCAGCUUGAGGAUAAAAAGCGACAGCUGCAACUGAAACUUAGCGACGAGGGAAUGGUACUGUAUCCGGAAUACAUGAAUAUGGUAGCGCUCCUCAAACAUUUUAAAUACAUAGAUAAUGAUGAAAGAGUCGCUCUGAAAGGAAGAGUCGCGCUACAAAUGGGUAGUAACGAACUGCUGAUAACAGAACUGAUUCUUAAAAACGUAUUAACGGUCUUGCAACCAGCGGAAAUAGCGGCAUUACUGUCGGCACUGAUCUUCCAGCAACGCACAGAAUUCGAGCCUAAACUCACACCAACCCUUACUAACGCCUGCAACGUAAUGAACGAAGUGCACGCGGAACUGGAACAUCUCGAACAAUACUAUCAACUGUCGACAUUACAGCCAUUGAAUUUCGGCUUGGUGGAAGUUGUCUAUGAAUGGGCGCAAGCCAAGUCGUUUGCUGAGAUCAUGAAAAUGACAGACGUCCAAGAGGGAAUUAUAGUCCGUUGUAUACAGCAACUUGGCGAAACGUUGCGAGAUGUCAAAAAUGCGGCUGUGACUAUAGGCGAUCCGGUUUUAAAGGAGAAGAUGGAGGAAGCCUCGACCGCAAUCAAGCGCGACAUAGUUUUCGCCGCGUCCUUAUACACGCAAGACUGAUUGCGAAUGAGUAAUUUAACUUUCGAUUAUACUAUUGAUAAAAUCGAUGUAUUUUUUUAUAAAAAGAAAUCAACUAGAUGUCGUCUGAAAUACAUUGUAAAAAAAAUAUUCUACCAUCGUAUAUUUUGCAAUUAUUUAUUUGCAAUUUUUCGAUUAUUAUCGUAAUAAAGAUCAAUCAAAUAUAAACAGCAUUGUUAUACUUCGAAUAAACGCUUACAGAUAAUCAAAUACUAACGGUAAAUAACUCUAAUGUUAAUUCUGGAAUUUACUAAAGAUACUCGAUAUCAAA